AUGUCCUUCCUACCUUACUUUGAUGUCGAUGAGAGCCUUCGAGGGCUCGCCGGAAAAGCCGAAGGCUUCGGCCGUCAUGCAAUCGGUGGAUUGCAUGGAGAAAUUUAUUAUGUCACAUCCCUUGCCGAUGAUGGUUGUGGAACACUACGUGAAGGAUGCCGAAGAAAAGAAGCACUCUGGAUUGUGUUUGAGAUUUCAGGGAUGAUAGAGUUGUUAACAAGUGUGCGAGUGAGUUCAUAUAAGACAAUCGAUGGAAGAGGGCAAAAGGUGAAGUUGAGAGGAAAAGGUUUGCAAUUAAAAGAGUGUGAGCAUGUGAUUGUGUGUAAUCUCAAUUUUGAAGGUGGACGAGGACAUGAUGUUGAUGCAAUUCAAAUCAAGCCCAAUUCCAAGCACAUUUGGAUCGAUCGAUGUAGUUUUCAAUAUUAUUCUGAUGGUUUAAUUGAUAUUACUUGCCAAAGUACCGAUAUUACUAUUUCCAGAUGUCACUUUGCAAGGCAUGAUAAAACAAUAUUAAUUGGAGCAAAUAGUAAACAUAUCAUGGAUAGAUGUAUAAGAGUAACAAUACACCAUUGUUUCUUUGAUGGAACCAAUCAACGUCAUCCACGUGUCAGAUUUGCCAAAGUUCAUCUCUACAACAACUUCACAACCAAUUGGGCCAUUUAUGCUGUUUGUGCCAGUGUUGAAUCUCAGAUUGUUUCUCAAUGUAACAUAUAUGAAGCUGGAAACAAGAAAUCAGUGUUCAAAUAUCUUACUGAAAAGGCAGGAGAUAAAGAAGAAGAAAGUAGUGGAGCUAUAAGAUCAGAAGGGGAUUUGUUCUUGAAUGGUUCACAAGCAUGUCUAAACACUAAUAAAGAUCAUUUGGAGGAGUGUGUUUUAAAAGUUGAUGAGCAUUACACUGCAUGGACUGUUCAACCUGCAACAUUAGCACUUAAACAAACCAUAAAAAUGUUUGCAGGGUGGCAGGAUGUUCCAAGGCCUCAAUUAGGGUUUUCUUAA